GUGUGAGCGAGCGGAUGCGGGAUCUGUAUGAGACCUCUUUCCUGCCAGCCCAACGAAUCCAGUGAGCAAACCAGGGUGUGAACGGAGCUGGGCAAGUGUGUGAGCGUGUGUGCAUGUGAGUCUCUGUCUCCUCCUCACAUUUGGGAUUCUAGGGCCCCCGGAACCCUUGCACCCCACUAUCUAUCUGUCUCUUUUUCUGCGGUCACCUCUUCUCCAGCAGUCACCAUUUCGGCUCCCGGCAGACCCACGCUGGCUGCCCAGCCACUCCCGCGCCUCAGCCUGGGCAGGAAGACCCUGGUGGCGGCCGCUGUUGGGGUCAUGCUGGUGCUGGUGCUGGUGGUGCUCAUCCCCGUGCUGGUCAGCUCCGUGAGCAAUGACAACAGCCACUACGAGAUGCUGGGUACCUGUCGAAUGGUGUGCGACCCAUACCAGAACAAGGGCACCACCACGGGCAUCGCCAGCACUGGCUCUUCUGUGCAGGCCGAGGCCGAGGCUUUGGCCGACCACAGCAACAUGCCUCCACCCUCCACGCUCCUCCAGGGGCCACAGGGGAAGCCGGGCCGGCCAGGCAAACCCGGACCCCCGGGGCCACCAGGGGAGCCAGGGCCCCCGGGUCCAAUGGGGCCCCCGGGGGACCAGUGGGACAGGGGCCGAAGCGGGGUUUCGAGUCUUGGCAACGAUGGAGCUAUCAGCACAGUAACGUACAACACACACCCACGAGUGGCUUUCUACGCCGGACUGAAGAACCCACACGAGGGCUAUGAGAUUCUCAAGUUUGACGAUGUAGUGACCAACCUUGGCAACAACUACGAUGGCAGUUCAGGCAAGUUUAUCUGCAGCGUACCAGGCACGUAUUUUUUCAUCUACCACGUUCUGAUGAGGGGUGGAGAUGGAACCAGCAUGUGGGCUGACCUGUGCAAAAACGGACAGGUGCGGGCCAGUGCGAUCGCUCAAGACGCCGAUCAAAACUAUGACUACGCUUCUAACAGUGUGAUCCUGCAUCUAGAUGCUGGGGAUGAAGUCUACAUCAAACUGGACGGUGGCAAAGCCCACGGAGGCAACAACAACAAAUACAGCACCUUCUCCGGCUUCAUUCUUUACGCUGACUGAACACAAUUGUGGAAAAGAAAGAGAUGUAGAGAAGAAAAAAAAGUGAAGGAUGGAGCAUUUAUCAUCCCAAUUAUUCAUUUAACAUGGAUCUCCAUUGCUUCAACACACACCCAAAUGCAAGUUUUCAUCCAACUGAAAUGGCAGAGACUCAGUGGAAUGAGGGUUCAGUAGCUUCUCUUCACACUGAUGAUUGACAAAAGACAAGGAAAUAAAGUGAUAAAUUGUUUUUCUUUUACAGUACUUGUUGAAAAGCUCCUUGUUUCGAGGCUCCAUGAGUGACAUAAAUCUCAUCCUUCAAUUUGUCGCCUUAGUAAACCUUUCUCACCUAAAGAUAUCUAUGGAGAAAAAGGAGGUUGUAAAAAUGUCCUUAAAUCCCUGUGGAAGAAGGGAUGUUAAUUUUAAAGGCUUUGUUCAAAAUCAGAGGCUCAAAGACAAGUAACAUAAAGAUCCAUUGGGCAGGGCACCCCCUGUUGGCUAUUGUUGGUAAUUUGGUUCAUUCUGCAUUGUUUCGUAUGUGUACUCCGUUGAAACUGCAGUAGUCGAUGAUCUUUGUGGAUGAAUGUUAUUCCUUACAGGCAUUUAAAACAGUAUCACUCAAUCUUCAUUACUUUUCCUUCCCUUGUCAAUUAGCACUCACCCUAAACUCCCCUCUCGCCCAACUCCCGCCCCUCUGCAUCCCCCAAAAAAACACUACAACAUGACAAUAACUCCAACAGCCAUUUGGAAAUUGAUUAAUAUUAUGAUUCCCUUUUCAACAGAAGAAGUCCCAUCUUUUAAAAUAAAGAAAGAGGACUCUUUACAUUCAGAUAAAUUCAGGACUAUUUGCUAAAAAGGUGUCGAUUUUGACAUGGGGGGCAUAUCUGAGGAAGAAACGGACAGAGGGAAGUCGAGGGGCUUCAUCUGUCACUCAGUCAGCAGCGAACAUAUUUAUGCAACGGUAUUUUAUUCUUAUGGGGCGAAUGAAUGCGUGCAAAUUAGCUUUCUUCGUAAGCGUGCCCAUGCGUGUGUGCGUGUGUCUGUACCAACACCAGAGCAUGAACUGUAUUUUGUCUUUGCCACAUUAUUGGUUUGAGAAAUGUUCUAUACUUAAGCCAGUCAAAGAUGUGAUAUAGAGCCAAUGACAUUGCAUCAGACACGUUUAGCUAUGCCUCUACAAAGAUAUACAAGAAAUAAUAAAGUUGUAAAUUAAAUAAAUCUAUGCUAUGUUUGUCAGUCAUACUCUAUCUUUUGGAAAUGUUGAAUAAAUUUAAAUAACAAAUGGGA